AUGUCAGCAACAUCAACAACCACAACAACCCUCACACAGACGGAGUCCAACAAUGCCUCCGCUGCAGAACAGCAACCCCCGCAACCCACCCAACUCCAACAGAUCAUCGCCACGAUCCAGCUCUCCACCGUCACGCUCACAGCCAGCGUAAUCAAUGGCCUGGUGACCGUCGGUCUGCCCACCAUCACGAAAGACCUCCCACUCCCCGCCUCAUUGUCCCUAUGGCCAUCCUCGGUCGCGAGUCUGGCUACAGCCUCUACACUUCUCCUCGCCGGCUCCAUCGCCGACACAGUCGGGCCUCGAUGGGUCCAACUCGUGGGGUCGUUCGCCAGUGGUGGACUGAUGGUCGGGCAGGGCCUGGCGCGAAAUGGUCAGGAGUUAGUGGUGCUACGAGCCCUACAAGGGGUAGGGCUGGCGCUGCAUCUCGCCUCGUCCGUCUCCCUCCUCGGACUGCUUCUUCCGCCAGGUAGGAACAUAAAUCUCGCCUUCUCGUGCCUCGGACUCAGUCUUCCACUGGGCUUCUCGCUGGGGUUGGUGGUCGGCGGGGUGAUCAUUGAUACGGUGGGCUGGCGCCUAGGCUGGUAUAUCUCGGGGGGAAUGACGCUGUUCGUCUCGGUGAUCGGGCUCUGGGCGCUUCCCAGGCAGAGCACUGCUUAUGAGGACCCGGUGCUGCGCAGACUCGCGACAAGCGUCGACUGGGUUGGCGCGGCGCUGGGCUCGGUGUCCAUGGCAUUGCUCUGCUAUCUUCUCGCAAUCCUCAGCGCCAACCCCUCGCGCAUCAAAUCUGCCGAAUGCAUCGCCAUCCUCUGCAUCACAAUCCUCUCCCUCCCCGCUUUUAUCACCUGGUCCCACCACCAGACCCAAACCGAACGACCCGCCCUAAUCCCCAACACACUCUGGACGAAUCGCUCCUUCUCGAGCAUCUGCGCCACCGUCGCGUUGUCCAACGGCGUCCUCAACGCGCUGGAACUAUUCGCUAGUCUCUUCUUCCAAGAAAUCCAAUCCCAGUCCGCCCUGCAAGCCUCCCUCCGCAUCCUCCCCAGCCUCAUCUCCGGCGUCACGAUGAACAUCCUCGUAGGCCUAACCAUCCACCGCCUCCCCGCCGCACCCCUCAUCUUCGCCGCGACCAUCCUCUGCGCCCUCGCCCCCUUGCUCAUGGCCCUCAUCCACGCCACCACAACAUACUGGCGCAACGCCUUCGUCGCCCAGGUCCUGCAGCCCCUCAGCUUCGGGACGCUCUACACCGUCGGCUUGAUCGUGAUCACGGAGCGUUUCGGGGCGCAUACGCAGGCGCUGGCCGGGGCGGUGUUCAACACGGCGGCGCAGGUGGGGAAUGCGUUGGGGCUGGGCGUGGUGCAGGUGGUUUCGACGGUGGUGGCGGAGCGCCACCUGACUGCUGGUGAUGGGGAGGCGCGGGCGCUGAUGAACGGGUAUCGCGCGAGCUUUUGGACGAUGUUUGGGGCGAUGGUUGUGUGCUCGGUGGUUGGGUUUUGGGGGUUGAGGGGGGAGGGGAGGGUGGGUGUUAAGCGGGAUUAGUUAGAUUGAGAGGUGUGUUGCUUCUGCGGUGAUAGUUUGUACGAUAGCUCGCGAUAUUUUUGGUGCGUGUGCGGUCGAGAACAGUACCUAGAGAAUUGUAUGCAGGUUUUAUACGAGCUGGAUGAUGACACGUUCUAAGUGAUCAAUUUCCUUGGUUUUGUGAUUUUGCCGUUCGGUAUGUCCUCUUCAGCGAUUAAGGUAAUAGACAUGUGACUAAGGGGCAAAAAGAACUAAGCACCACAAACAAAAUGGGAUGCAAGGGAAUAAGACAGAAAAAAAAAG